AUGGAGCUGUGGAGUGGGAAACGGAGCGUGCAUCUCACGGUGCCAAGCGUCGUCACCAACUGGGAAACAGAUGCAUUCUGCCUGAACAGUCACGGCUUUGGCCUGGCUCAACAGAAAACUCUCUUCGUCUCCCCGCCCUUCACUCUCCACCUCGCCACGCCCGACUCGGUCUUCCUUGGAGAGAGCUUCGUUCUGAAGGCCACCGUCACCAACAACCUCCAGAGCUGCAUUAAGAUCAAGCUGAGUCCUGCUCAUUCCUCGGAUUUGUCUGUGACACAGCUUUCCAGUCACCUGUGCACUUUCUGCCUGUGUGGUGGCAAGAGCAAAACUCUCAGAUGGACCAUAGCUCCAACGGUCUUGGGAACUGUGACCAUGACGAUAACUGCUGCAGCUGUGGACGCUGACACGUAUUGUGAGGGUCACCCCGUGGUUGUUCCAGAAAAAGGCCACACCAGCUCGAAGACGAGAUCUAUCGAUGUUAAGGCUGGAGGCAUUGAAAUAAGACAAACUGAAAGCUGGCUGCUCUGUUCUAAAGGUCCGGUUGUGAGAGCAGUAAUGGACGUGGAGAUGCCUGAAGUUGUGGUUCCUGGAUCUCUCAAUAUCAAAGUGGCAGCGAUGGGCGAUGUCCUCAACCGAUUGGUGCACAACCUGGGAGAACCGCUUGACUUUCCUUAUGAAAACGGGGACUGGAACAUAGCGUCAAUGGCCAUCAACAUUUAUGUCCUCAACUACCUGAAGGAGACUCAACAGCUGGAGCACUCCAUGAAAGAGGAAGAGGCCGUCAACUUCCUCAAAAAAGGCAAGUUCCUUCAUUCUGUGAGUGUGAAACUGAACUUUGUAUGGAUUGCUGUUGCAGCUUACCAGACCCAGCUGUCCUUCAAGGACAAAAGCGGAGCCUUCAGCAUCUUCGAAUCAGGACCAAGGAGUUCUUGGCUCACGGCUCUGGUGUUGGUGACUUUGUACCAAGCUCAGCCUUAUAUCUUCAUCGAUGAAAAUGUCAUUAAUGAGGCCAGGAAGUGGCUGGAAUGCCAACAGCGAGAAAACGGUUGCUUCAAAGUGUCGGGCAAACAUUUAACCAAGAAAAAGGGGGGCUGUGCUAUCGAUGAAGUGGCUUACAAUGCUUUCAUCCUCGCUGCCUUUCUAGAGAUGGGAGUCUCUCCAGAUGACCCUGUGGUGAAGAUGGGCCUGUGCUGCCUUAAAGAGUCCAUCAAAGAUCUUCAGAACCCCUUUGCUGCAGCUAUAUCUGCAUGGGUCUUCACGCUGGCGAAAGACAUGGAGCCCCGUGCUCAACUGCUGCACUACCUCGACACGAUUGCAAUCAAAGAAGGAGACGUCAUCUACUGGUCUCACGUGGAAACAGAAACUUCGGUCUUUUCAUCUUUGCUCAUCAGCUCCUACGUGAUCCUGGCUAAGCUGACAGUCACAGGUUCUCCUAGAGACCUCAGAUCUGCAUCUCAUACCUUUAAGUGGCUGGUGGAGCAUCUGAACUACUAUAGUACCUUUUCUUCCACUCAGGACACAAUGGUGGCUGUUAAGGCCAUAGCCCUCUACUCCAAGUGCAUGUAUACUCCUACGUGGUCGAGCACAGUCAGCAUUUGGUCUCCCAAUGACAAAGUCGUGUUUCAGCUGACUCCACACAACAAACUGCUCUACCAGGAGAUGGUGCUGCAGGACAUAAAUGGAAAAUACAGUGUGAAGAUGAAGGGCACGGCCUGUGCUUUGGUGCAGCUUUCCCUUUGGUACAACGUGGUUAAGGCCAACCCCGACACCUCUCUGAGUGUGGAUGUGCAGCUGGAGCUCCACCCCAGUCGCUCUAAAAGGCUCAAAUUAACCAUGAAGAUGAUUUCCCUGUACAGUGGACAUCAAUUAUGCACAAACAUGGUGGUCCUGGAGAUCCAGCUCCCCACUGGAUUCUGUCCUCUCCCACAGUCUUUGCGUAGUCUCAGGAGCGGUGUGGAUGUAGAGCAUGUGGUCUACAAGGACAACCGUGUUUUUGUGUAUGUGCGCAAGUUACAUAAGAACAUACCCAUCAUCCAUAAGUUACACCUGGUGCAGGAGUACUUCGUCUUCAAUAACAAGGCAGUCAAUGUCCUCAUCUAUGACUACAACAAUCCAGCUGUUAGCGGUGUGACAAAGUACUGUCUGUCCUCCUUAACCAAAGACAAGUUCCUGCCGUAUCACCACCACCAUCACAAGGACAGGCACUGACUUUGAUCAGCCUGGUAACCAUAAAUAUCACAGCUUGAGAGGAACUUUUACUCAAAGGGUCAUCAGAGACCAAUGUCAUGUUCCAAGCGGCAUUUCCCAGGCCAUAGAAGUCUUUGCCUUCCAAUAUAAACCAAUUUUUUGUAAUAAAAUGUUCUUAUUUAAGAGUUUACUUCCUGAGCUUUUUUAUAUCAGAAAUGACAGCAACAAUUUUUAGGCUUCAAGAACAAAGCCUAAAAAAGAUGAAGGUUUGAGAUUGAAGGUGAAACAUUUUCCUGUUGAAAAUUUUUUUAUUAUAAUUUUUUUUCUUCAAAUACCUAAAAGUGGAUGUAAAUCUGAAAUCCAAGUCCAGUGUGACAAACAUCCAAAAUGCUGAAACAAUAUACUUUUGAACACAGUAACAAGAGGAGCUCCGGACCUGUUUGGACUUACUGACACAAGCAGGACUUCAUUGGACUGUUCACGCGUGCAAAUUGCUGAAUGUUUUGGUUUUUUUUUUUACAUGGUUCACUUCAUCCAACAGACUAAGAAGGAAGAAACCUUUCCCGCUGGAUAGCACUAAACACUGAACUGGUGUAAAGGCGUCACUUUCUGAGGAUCUUAUUUGUAAAAUGACCUAUAAAACUGAAGAAAAAAAAGCUUUAAUCUCCAACAUGCUGAACGCGCAUUUGGAAGUGUAUGGAUAAAACUGUUUUUGUCAAUGUUUAAUUUUAAAGACAGUUAGUCUGAAUAGAAUUGAUUUUCAACUUAAAGAUAUUUAUUUCAAAGCAACAAAAGCAAACAAAACUGUUUCUUUUUGAGUUGAAAUAAAUUCAAAUGAUCUGGAACAUUC